CCUGCUGACGUUUUCACACGUUGCCAGUCUGCUGGCUGGAUUUAUCGUUCUGGAUUUUAAUUUGGAUCUUUUUCUUUUUUUCGAAUAAUCGAAUGGAAAAGUGAAAGGUGGCGAUGGAGACCCUGCCAGUCGGUUGGCAUGUGCACACCUGGGGCCAGGAGGUCGAUGGGACCAAGCUGCUGAAGGAGGGAUCUGCUGACACAAACACACAUGUUCACGAUCUGUUUCAUGAAGAUGCACAGCGUUUCCACCAGCCAUGGUGGAGGAUCAAGCUGUUCGUGUGGGAGCCGGUGCUUUUUGGGACCUGGGAUGGCGUUUUCACCACCUGCAUGAUCAAUAUCUUUGGGGUAGUUCUGUUUCUGCGCACCGGAUACCUGGUGGGUAACACUGGCGUGCUGUUGGGGUUGCUCCUCGUCUCCGUGGUGGUUUUGGUUGCUUUAGUGACAGUAAUGUCAGGGAUCGGAGUGGGCGAGCACUGUGGGAUUGGGAGCGGAGGAGUCUACUCCAUGAUCUCCAACGUGUUGGGAGGCAGAAUCGGGGGUACUGUUGGCCUCCUCUACAUCUUUGGACAGUGUGUUGCCGGCGCCAUGUACCUCACGGGCUUCUCCGAGUCCGUGGCAGAGCUUUUGGGUCUGCAGAGCCAGUGGGCGGUGCGCCUCAUGUCAGCAGCUGUCCUCCUAGCGUUGCUUGGGAUCAAUCUGGCAGGUGUGAAGUGGAUCGUCAGACUGCAGCUGCUCCUGCUGGCUUUGUUAGCAAUCUCCACUCUGGACUUUGUUAUUGGCACCUACACACACCUCGAUCCAGAGCAUGGCUUUGUGGGUUACUCAGCCAAGCUUCUCAGUAGUAACACCAUACCAGAUUAUAGCCCAGGAGAAAACUUCUUCACAGUAUUUGGGGUCUUCUUCCCUACUGCUACAGGGGUCAUGGCAGGAUUCAACAUGAGCUCAGAUCUGCAGCGGCCAGAGCACAACAUCCCCAUGGGAACCCUAGCAGCUGUUUUUACUUCGUGGUUCCUGUAUCUGGUCUUUGUCUUCCUCCUGGGGGCCAUUUGCACCAGAGAAGCUCUCCGCUAUGACUUCUUGAUAGCAGAGAAGGUCUCCUUGGUGGGUUUCCUCUUUCUGCUGGGACUUUACAUCUCCUCCCUAGCUUCCUGCAUGGGUGGUUUGUAUGGAGCACCCAGGAUCCUCCAGUGCAUCGCUGAAGAGAGGGUCAUCCCCUCGCUGACCUUCCUAGCAAGAGGGAAAGGCCCAAACCGGACCCCGGUGGCAGCCAUUUGUCUAACCAGCAUGCUGACCCUGGCAUUCAUUUUCAUUGGACAGGUCAAUGUGCUAGCACCAAUUGUCACCAUCAACUUCAUGCUCACGUACAGCUUCAUUGACUACUCCUACUUUUGUGUGGCCAUGACCUUCCAGCUUCAAACGAAACAGAAGAGACAGACCUUCAUUUCAGGAAGGGGAAGCACGCGCAGGUCAACCAAGCAAAGCUCUAGGCCUCUGAUUGAAUCCCCUCCCCCCAACUAUGGGAGCGGAGGCGAAAGUCCGCAGGGAAAAGGGACUCUGUUGGAGUUCAAUAGGGAUAUGGACCAGAUCUUCCCACCUGUCUCCAAACUUAAUCCUGAACCAGAGAAGAUGACUUUGAGGCAGGAUCUGUGCAGCGGAUCUCAGAGUAGGAAGGCUGCCACCAAGCAGAGACUGAUGCACAGCUUUGGUCUGGAUCUGAACAGCAACACCUUGUCAAAUGAAAACGGAGGGGAGCAGAGCUCAGCUCCACUCGAAGAGGGAAACAAAGGGCAAAAUGAAGAUGAGGAGUUCAGGGCUGGAGAUCAACCUGAAGUCAACUAUCACACAAGGAUGGGUGACGCACAGCAAGAUUCCCCUGCAGAGACUCAUCUUUACAAUGCAGGUAAUGAAGAUAAACCAGAGCAGCAACACUUUGAAAUUCAACCCAUGCGUGAUGCCUUCUACACAAAGUUAUGUAACCACUGGAUUGCCCUCAUUGGGGCAAUGAGUUCCAUAUUGAUUAUGUUUAUCAUUCAGUGGGUUUAUGCUUUAGCCAACAUCCUGGUUGCAUUGCUGCUCUUCUUCUACAUUGGAAAAACAAGUCCUGGUUUACCUACAGGUAUUGCAGCUCAGUUCAGCUUUUUCAGAUGGCUGAAGGCAAUUCUUGGUAACCUAUACAGGACGAGAGGAUCUCCCCGGGAUGAGAUGGUGGUGACUCCGUCUCUCUCCGGAAUCGGGCUCAAAACCAAGCAACUGACUGAGGAAAAUACUGACUUUUCCUCUCGCCACCGCUUUCACCAAUCUUGGUUCAUCCAAGCUGACACAAUGGUGCAACCACCGAACCAGUGACACACUUGAACUCUGACUUGGUUCUAUGUUUUGACUGAAAACCUCAAACCACAAAGUGUGCCUCGUGCUGCUGCAUUUUGCAUAUUUCCUAUGUAGUGAAGACUUUAAGUGCCUCAAUUCAUUUUUGAUUGGUGUUGAAAGAACAGCUGAGCUUUCCUUAGAACUGCACAAAAGGUGAAGGAAUAAAAGAUACUUAGGUGCUCAAGGUCACAUUUAUUCAUUUGUUUUCACAUUAAGUUUACAUAGAAAUUUAUUUUGCUCAAAAUUGUGUUUGAUAUUCACAACAUAAUGCUUUUGUGACAUUACAAUAAAUGUGUUACAAAGGUUUGAUUGAACGUUUACACUCAUAUUCAGAUCAAUCAUAGCAGGAUGCAUUUUAUUUUGAAAAGCAAUAUGUUUUUUCACUAAAUCAACUUGUAUUAUAUUCAACUUGCUUCUUCACAAAAAUCAAGUUUGAAACAAAAUAUCUUAGGGCACAUGGAUUAUUUUGUAAAGUUUAGGGGGAAAAAAAUACAAAUAUUACCACAAGCUUCUGCUUACACAUUAUGAACACACACACACACCCCAACAUGUAUGCUUUAUGAUGAUAUUCCACCUUUUUGCUCACAUUGCAUGAUGCAUUUGAGGUAGAUCUUGAGCUGCAGUGCUGGCAGAGGUAUAUUACAUCACCUCUUUCUGUCAUAUUCAGUCUCAAAAGCAGCCACAUGAUGAUCUGUGAGCACAAUAAUACCUUAUUGCAUGUCAUCUUGAGAGUAAAUAUUUGGUUCCUGUUGUUUUGAGAUGUUUGGCUGCUUGUUGUUCCAGCUUGCUUUGACGAUAGCUGUUGUUGCAGCUGAGGCGUCAUCUCUAUCCGACACGUCGGUUUGCGCACCUUUAAACCACAGGAUGUUUGGGCUCAGUGUUGUCAGAUGAGAUAACUGCUGUUUUUAUACUUUAAAAGAUAGUGUUAUUUGGAAAUCUUUUUACACGACCUACAGUUUUGACCAUUUAACCAGUAAGACCUGAUAUAGGGUCAGAAAUGCGUCAGCAUUACGUUUGAGAACACUUGGAAAAAGUAUGACUAUUUUAUGUUUGUCAUUCUUGUUUUGGUCUUUAAUAGUCUGUUGUUGAUCAGAAUCUAUAACAGAUUCUUCAGAAAUUCUUUACAAAUUCUUCAGAUUUGUUCAAUUUGUUACAUUUUGUCAUGUUACAACCACACAAUUCAAUGUAUUUUAUUAGGUUUUUAUGUGGUAGACUAACACAAAGUUAAGUGAAAGAAAAAUUAUAGAACUCUUUAUUAAUUUUGCAAAUCAAUAUUUUAAUCAAUAUUUUAACAGGGUAUGCAUUCAGCAGCUCUGAGGCAGUACUUUGUAGAACCACGUUUUUGCUACAAUUACAGCUUUUGGGGAAUGUCUCUACCAGCUUUGCUCAUUUUUAGUCUAAAAAGUAACUCAAGCUUAGUCAGAUUGGAUCAACAGAGUCUUUCCAAAGGCUGUCAGCUGAAUUUACAUCUGGACUUUGAAAUAUUCUAACACAUUAAUCUGCUUUGUUAUAGGCGGCAAUUUUGCGGAUCUGGUUGUUUAUUAGAGCCGGACUGUUCCAACAUAUAAUGCCGUAAUUUAAAUAUUCAAACCAAGAUUGUAUGUUUAGCCCUGUGUCCA